AUGGUUCCAAGGGUAACAGGAGUACUCAAGGCUGUGACUGCUAAGCUGGUAGAGGGUCUUCAACAUAUUCCAGGAACAACAUCAAAGGUCUUUGUCCAGAAGAGUGCAAUGUUAAGAACAGCUAAGAACCCUCAAACUCCUAUGAGACACAUACUACCUAUAGGUAAUGAAAGUGCCUUUGUAAAAGAAAAGGAGAUCUCAGCUGAGCUUGCAAAUGUCAAGGAUGAAGUUGCCCUCAAUACAGGGAAAUACGAGACACUACAAAAAGAGAAGGAGGAGAUGGAAAAGAAGUUUGAGGGAACUGUGCAGAAACUCACUUGGCAGCAUCAGGAGGAGCUCCGGGCACUUGAAGAACGUUUGCAGUUACAGUACAGUGCUGAACUAGAACGUUUGCAUGAGAAUCACCAAGUCAAGCUUGACAGGAUCAAGAGUCAGCAUCAGGAACAGGUGGAUGAUAUUGCAGCAACUCAGGAAGUGGCAGUAUUAGAGAUGGAAAAUAGCCACGCAAUUGCCAUUGAAGAACUUCAGGAUGAAUUUGAGCACAAAAUUCACGAAAUGAAGUCUGCUCAUGAACAAGAAAAAAGAGAACUUGAAGAAAAUUUUGAAAAGUUGCGCUUGUCACUCCAGGACCAGGUACAUACUCUCACUUUUCAAAGCCAGUCUCUAAAGGACAAGGCAAAACGAUUUGAAGAGGCAUUGAAGAAAAACACUGAAGAACAACUAGAGGUUGCCCUGGCUCCAUAUCAGCAUUUAGAAAAAGAUAUGAAGAGCCUAAAGCAGGUCCUGGAGAUGAAGAAUGUACUCAUUCAUCAACAAGAAAAGAGGAUCGUGGAGCUAGAAAAGCUGGCAGAAAAGAAUUUAAUUCUAGAAGAAAAAAUUCAAGUACUACAACAACAAAAUGAAGACCUCAAAGUCAGGAUUGAUCAGAAUACUGUGGUGACAAGACAGUUAUCUGAAGAAAAUGCUAAUCUCCAAGAACAUGUUGAGAAGGAAAGCAAGGAAAAAAAGAGGCUGAGCAGGACAAAUGAAGAGUUGCUGUGGAAACUGCAGACCUCAGAACCCAUGAGUCCUGUUAAACUAUCUCCAACUUCUCCAACACGCAUUUACCGCUCUUCAUCGGGACCCCCAACUCCAGCUAAAGUCAGCACAGUACCAAGAUGA